GUUCCAUAAGAAAGGGUUUCGGUGGCGGCUAGGGUUUCGCAGGUGUUUCUUGGCUUAUGGCGUCUUCAGCGGAGCCCAUGGAGGUGGAUGAUCCGGUUUCUGGCUUGUCAAGGGAAAUCCGGGAAGUUGAACGGCAGAUUGCUGUAGUUGAGGGCCAAAUUACAGCGGUUGAGGGCCAAAUUAGUGCGGUUGAGGGGCAACUGGAGCAGCCAAAUGAUCCCAUGAAGGAGGAACGGCUGGUCAAGAAGGAGGAGCAGCUGCGCGAGAAGGAGAAGCAGCUGCGCGAGAAGGAGAAGCAGCUGCGCAACGAGAAGGAGCAGCUGCGCGAGGAGGAGAAGCAGCUGCGGGAUAAGUCCAAGGAACCAGUCAAAUCGGUUUUGACUGUGGCAAAUAUAGAUAGUCUCUUGGAUAGGUUUUGGCAUGAGUUGCGCAAGCCAAAUCUUCAAUAUCCCAAGGCGGAUGCGUUUCUGGCGGAUUUCCCAACGUGUAAAGUCCCACUGCCAAAAGAUCCUACAGAUGAAUGCCCCUGCCUCUUGUGGUUUGCUCUAAACCAACCUUUCGAAGCAUCCAAGCGUAUCAUAGAGGUAACUGACAAAGCGCAGCCGACCCUCACCGUUCUCUUCAACGUGUCGGGAUCGGGGAAGACCAGGACAUUAUAUGAGAUCGCUGUAGCGCAGCGUGGGCUCUUCUUUGUGGGGGUCUGUGAGACUGGUAUUGGAGCUGAAGGUUCAGGAGAUCUCAAGUUAGUGGCAUCAAAGUUGCUGGAGCUGUAUCCAACUGGAGACAUUCCAGAAGUUAGUGCUGCAAUCUGCCUCAAAGCUUUGCUCAUCAGCAGGUUUUAUUUGCUGGGGCAGGUGGAGAAAAUGGGCUAUCUGACGGGUCAGGCAUGGCUCUUCAAGCAGGUUGCAAUCCCUUUGCUCCAGCAUUUCUACAACUUCAAAGAUCCGUUCAAGGCGCUCACCAUUAGACUUUUAAACUUGAUACGGACUGAGAAAGACUUGGAACGCAUUGAAGGUCAGUUCCAGGGGGUACUGGAUCGUCUAAAAGGGAAUUGGGAUGGUCCGAUUAUAUUUGACGAGUGUCAAAUAAUAAAUUGCUGGUUGGAGAAGCGCUUUUCACCAUCGACUCUUGGUUGUAGCAGCAGAUCAUUUCUCGACAUUCUUGUGCCGGCACUCAUAGAUUGUGGAUUUCGACAAUUCUACUAUGCAGGCACAGGUGGUAGUAUGCUAGCCGUGGCACGGGGUAUCUCUGCCACUUUGAAGAGAAGAGCUUCUGUUAUGGUCUUUCAUGGAUUUGGUGGAUUCACCACUGUUGAGGACUUCAAGCUCUAUGCUGGGAAACUACUCCGAAGUGUGGAUGGUAUUGAUAUGCAGAGGGUCUGUGAUUUGUACAAAGGGAGGUACAGGUUCUUUGUCACAGCACUUGAGCAUUUCAUUGGGAGCAAGCGUCCCUUGGAGCAGGCAACAGAAUUCCUGAUUGACUUUUUUGAGAAGAUAUGCACCUCGAGUAAGAUCAGUUGUUCUCUGGCGGGUGAGGGUGUACCGAACAAAUCAGAAUUGGAAGUCUACAUGGAUAAGACGGUUCUGACGGAUGUGGAGCAGUUUUUUGAAAGGACUCGGAAUGCUGCAGCGGUCAAGGAGCUAAAGGUGAUACUGUAUCACCAGGUGUUUGGGUCUAUAUCCACUGCACUCAACAUCAACAAUCCAUCUCUGAGCCUUGUGGAGUUCGGGUUAGCUUGGCUAAACAGGGGAAACAGUGUUGCAUUGGACGACUUGGAUAAGUUCUUUGCAAAGCAGGACAGAGACACUUGGAUCAAACUUCAGGAACCUGCUGUCGUCCGAGCUCUUUUCCAUUACUUUCGUAGUCGGCCAACAGUCUUUGAUGAGUUUUGUCAGCAGCAGUUUAAAGCCAAGGGCCAAGGCAGCGAUGUGACAGUGGGUCUUGAGUUUGAAAGGCAGGCAGGUCUUAUGGUGGCUGACGCAUUGGACGGAAAGGCUCCUGUAGACUUUGUGUCUCACUUUCUUCAGAAUCGCUCUGUGGAACUGCGCAACAACAAUUUUGAAGUUCCUGCGAUAUAUUUUGAGAAGGCAAAGGUGGUGAAAGCACGCGUUGCAACAGGAGUUGUGACUGAGAUGUGCGGUAAAAGUCACACCCAUGGCACCGACUGUUAUACACUUGAGAAGUAUCUCAACGACGUUGAAGGGCAGGCUGACGCAUUUCCAACGGUUCUCUGGACUGGUGAUGGUGGCUGGGGUGCCUUUCGUCCAGAUGCGUUGCUUUUUCUCACCAAUGACUACGAAUCGGAGCGGCGGCUCAUUCCUUGCUUAUUACAGAUGAAAUCCGGGGAUGAUGUGGCUACUCAAGGUGAAAUUUCAAGUGCUUUGGACAGUUUGGAUUUGAUGAAUUGCAGAAAGAAAAAAGAUGGAGGUUUGAACAGACUUAGAGAUCUUGCUUCAAAAAAUGGACUACUGCGACUGGCAGUUUUGCCUCAUACGGUGAAGGAUCUGGAACAGUUUGGUUUCAACUAUUUUGCAGGUCAACUCCCUAGUGGUGGGCGGUUUUCCCCACUGAAACGGCAAAAUGUUGAGGGGGCCAUACAGCCAUUAUGUGGAGUGAUUGGUGGCAAUAACGUGUCUUUGUAUCUGAAAGAGUGGUUGAUUGAUUCGGUCUGGGUUCUUAAAGCUACUAUAUAAAAGUCUGCACGCUCCCAUCGAGAACCUGUAAGUCGUGUCUAGCACAAGAAAGACUUUGAAUCAAACCAGUAAUGCAAGAUCCAGUUGGUUUC